AUGGUGUUCAAAUCCAAGAGGCAGAUCGACAUUCCUCGCCUCGAUAUCCUGUCACUCUUGUAUGAAUCAGACUGGUGUUUAGCCCGUGAAGAGACCGAAAUCCAUGUGCAGGCUGCGAAUCCAUCAAACAGCAUCACCAAGGCCGAAAGCCGCAAGUUGCUGAAACGGGUUGCCCAUGUGCUUCGACAACGCUUCGGCGUCGGCGCCUCGGGACCAGGUAAAGAUGUUGUCCUGACGGUGCUCAGCGGGAGUCCUUUUGCACCUGUCUUCUUCUACGGCAUUGUCGCUGCUGGAGGUAUCUUUUCUGGCGCUAGUACAGAAUACCGAGUCGAAGAGUUGACGCGUCAAAUUGAGGACGGAAACGCCAGCUUGUUAGUGUGCUCGCCAGAAUGCGAAGCGCAGGUCGUUCGAGCCGCCGAGAUCUGCGGCAUCCCUAAGGACAGGAUUUUGCUUCUGGAUAGCACUGUCCCACACCACUGGAAAUUGAUCUCCGUGGCGGACCGGUCAGACGUGCUUGGAGGUAGUGGUCAGAUGUUGGACUGGCAGCGCAUCACCGAUCUGCCGACACUGGAGGCUGUCACGAUAUGUCUGCUGUAUUCAUCUGGGACCACCGGUCUACCAAAGGGUAUUCGAAUAUCGCACUGGGGUCUUGUGGCGAACAAUGUUUGCACAAUGGACCCUGCGCGCCGGUACAAAGCAAUCAGCGAAAAGGAGGGACGAGAAUUUACCUUCAACACUAUAGCGCACCUACCCAUGUCCAACAUCGCCGGGAUCAGUCUGUAUUCGACCAAUCCAUUCUACAUGGGCGGCACGACGUGGUGGAUGGAAAAGUACGAUUUCGAAACCUUUCUCGAAUACCACAGGCGCUAUCGCCCCGCCUACCAAUUCACUGUGCCCCCGGUAUGGCUGCGAAUCGCGAAAAGCGACAAGGUUACGGAUCAUUUCGACGCUCUGCAGGUCGCCGUGACGGGUGCGGCACCCAUCGGACAAGAUCUCGUCAAAGAGGCUCAGAAGAAGUUGGGUCGAGGUCGGGCUCACAUGGCUCAAACGUGGGGGACAACCGAGACGACGGGUGUCAUUGCUGCAACGGACUGGCUCGCAUAUUCCAGGGACGGGACGUGGAGUGUGGGCGAGCUCUGUCCCAACGUCACCCUCCGAGUUAUCGAUGAGGAUGGCCGAGACGUGCCGGAGGGCCAGCCAGGUGAAAUGCUCGUCGGAGGGCCCAUCCUCGCCCAGGCAUACCACAACAGACCAGAGGCCACGAGGGAGUCGUUCCAACAGGGCUUCUACCACACUGGGGAUAUCGGGACGUACACCAACGGCUACGUCCGCAUCGUCGAUCGGAAGAAGGAACUCAUCAAGUACAAAGGCUCCCAGGUCGCCCCGGCCGAGCUGGAGGCGCUCCUGACCUCUCAUCCUCGCAUCGCCGACGCGGCCGUCAUCGGCCUCUGGGACGAAGCGCAACAGACAGAAGUGCCUCGCGCGUACGUGGUUCGCCGCCAAUCCUCUACCGGCGACGGCCGAACCAUCACGGCCCAAGAGGUGGCCGACUUUGUCAAGAACAGAGUCGCAAGUUACAAGCAAUUGCGUGGAGGUGUCUUUUUUGUCGACGAGAUCCCGAAGAGCGCGUCGGGGAAGAUUCUGAGAAAGGAGCUGCGGGCGAGAAUAAAGCCACCACCGUCAUCGUCGUCGUCCAUACAGGCUAAAUUAUAG